GCCCUGGUCAUAUGAUCCAGACCACCAAGAUGGCGUCAGGGCAGCAGUGGGUGUUAGUAGAGAUGGUUCAAGCUUUUUAUGAGGCCCCGGCCUAUCAUUUGAUUUUGGAAGGAAUCCUGAUUUUGUGGAUAAUCAGGCUGCUUUUCUCAAAGACGUACAAGCUUCAGGAGAGGUCUGAUCUCACUGAGAAGGAAAAAGAGGAGUUAAUCGAAGAGUGGCAGCCAGAGCCUCUGGUUCCUGCUGUGUCCAAUGACCACCCAUCCCUAAAUUAUGAUGUUGUCACUGGCCCUCCAAGCCACAAAAUCACUGUAAAUGGGAAAGAGUGCAUUAACUUUGCCUCAUUUAACUUCUUGGGCCUGCUCGACAAUGAGCGUGUUAAGCAAAAGGCCCUGGCGUCUCUUAAGAAGUAUGGUGUUGGUACAUGUGGUCCAAGAGGCUUCUAUGGAACAUUUGAUGUUCACCUGGAGUUAGAGGAACGCUUGGCUAAGUUCAUGAAAACAGAGGAGGCCAUUAUAUAUUCCUAUGGCUUUGCCACCAUAGCCAGCGCUAUUCCUGCAUACUCCAAGAGGGGCGACAUAGUCUUUGUGGAUGAAGCAGCAUGUUUCUCCAUCCAGAAGGGCCUGCAGGCUUCCCGCAGCUUCAUCAAAUACUUUAAACACAAUGACAUGGAGGACCUGGAGCGGCUGCUGAAAGAGCAGGAGCUUGAAGACCAGAAGAAUCCACGCAAGGCUAGAGUCACAAGAAGAUUCAUUGUCGUAGAGGGGCUUUACAUGAACACUUCAGAUAUCUGCCCUCUCCCAGAGCUGGUGAAGCUGAAGUACAAGUAUAAAGUACGCAUAUUUUUGGAGGAGAGCAUGUCUUUCGGUGUGUUGGGAGAGCAUGGGCGAGGAGUCACAGAGCACUUUGGAGUCAGUAUCGAUGACAUUGAUCUCAUAAGUGCCAACAUGGAGAAUGCUGUGGCUUCCAUAGGUGGAUUCUGCUGUGGACGAUCAUUUGUUAUUGAUCAUCAGCGUCUGUCUGGACAAGGCUACUGUUUCUCAGCCUCUCUUCCACCCAUGCUGGCUUCAGCUGCAAUUGAGGCCCUCAACAUCAUGGAAGAGGACCCAGAAAUUUUCACCAUCCUGAGGGAAAAGUGCAAACAUGCCCACAAAGCAUUGCAAGACAUUCCAGGGUUGAAGGUAGUCGGGGAGGCGUUUGCUCCAGCACUCCAUCUCCAACUAGAGCACAGCACAGGAUCCAGAGAGAGUGAUGUCAGGACACUACGAUCCAUCAUCGACUAUUGUUUGGACAGACAGAUAGCUCUCACUCAGGCUCGCUAUCUAGACAAAGAGGAACGCUUUCUUCCACCGCCCAGCAUCAGAGUCGUAGUAACAGUGGAGCAGACCGAGGAGGAAAUUGAGAAAGCAACAUCCUGUAUUCGAGAAGCUGCUCUUGCUAGACUUGAGUGAUUGCAAAUACCUCCAGCGUGGUGACAGACGUUGAUUUCAACACCACCGUCUCUGUCAGUCAGCUGCAGACUGUUCACCCAUUCUGAGGCUUCAGAGUCUUUUUAUACUGUCAGUAGCAGGAAGAAAACACUGGACAGCUGUUGAGUUGGCACAGCCAUUAGCACUGGGGACCUCGCCAUAUCUUAUGUUGUCAGAAAUUAAUCCACAUAAUAAUUGCACCUGUUCGUGUUUCACUACAUAGAUAAUUUCUAAAAUGCUGAUCUUUGAGUCUCAAUUUUACAUUGAAAUGAAUGAAAACUGUUUCAUGUUGUAGGUUGGAUUCAACAAACCUGUUUGUUCCCUAUGAAGCCUUGAAUAACGGUUACAAGUAUAAUAAAGUAUAAUAAAUAUUGAAAACAAAUGUUAAUGCUAAGCAGAAAUGUUUGUUAUAUAUGUGGUUACUUUUACAGACACUGCGUUUGUGUUAUGUUUAUCUCUCUAUAUUAACAAGAUUUACUUCCACAAAAGCUGUUUCAGUUUUUUCCGUAAGGAUGCCAAAAAUGUGUGUUUUAACACAUGCACACUUGUGAGGUUCUUCUUCUGAAUUUUAAGGGAACAUUUUUUUAAGCCAUGAGAAAUUAUUAAAUUAUUAUGUGAUAUUGAUUCUCUUCCUUUUUUGUUUUUGAUAUGUUGCAUGAUUCUAUCAGUUUGUCCUGGUGGCAUGACUGCACUUAUCAAUGAGGAUGUACUUUGUUUCCUUUUAUAUCGAUUUAUUACAUUAUUCCAAACAAAUCAGAAUAUGCUAUAUGCUUCAUCUUCUUCUGCGCUUUUAGUGGACGGUUUGUCACGUCACAACUUGAACCAUAACCAGUUCCUCUUUUGCAGCUAACGAGAAUAAAAGAAAAUAGAGCUGUAAUGCAAAGUAAAUGUUUUGGUUCAGUCAUACGCUUAUGUCAUGCCAAAGAUCAUGCCUGAUGUAGAUGCACAGUUUGUGAUCUGCCUUAAGCUGCUGCUAACUGCUUACUGUGUGGGGGUUUCCUUAAUAAACUGUCAAGGGGU